UGCGGAAACUCCCCCCGUCUCCCCCUCCAUCCCAAAGCUGGACAUAAAAGCGAGUCCGAGCCCUGGUCCCGGCCGAGCAGCGUUCAUCCCACAGAACCCACAGCUGGGGCAGAGGCACCACCAAGCUCCACUGCAGCCAUGGGGCCAAGUCCUGCUCCCAUCCUCAUCCUCACUUUGCUGCUGGGGGCUGCGGUGAGAGGGCAGCCCCGGGGACGGAUCCUGGGGGGCUACGAGGCUGAGCCCCACCUGAAGCCCUACAUGGCUUCGCUGCAGGUGGAUGGGCAGCAUGUCUGCGGUGGCUUCCUCAUCGCCGAGCAGUGGGUGCUGAGCGCUGCCCACUGCACCGAGGACCUGAACGGCAAAGUCUUCCAGGUCCUCCUGGGCGCCCACUCGCUUAAGCUGCCGGAGCCUCACAAACGCCUCUACUCGGUGCGCGCCCAGAUCCCUCACCCCGGCAGCAACAUCCACAACAACAAGGAUGACCUCCUCCUCCUCCAGCUGGAAGAGAAAGCAGAGCUGAACACACACGUGCGAGUGCUGCCGAUCCAGCGGGAGGACAGGGACGUGGCGGCCGACACGGUGUGCGAGGUGGCAGGUUGGGGCACCACCACCCACAGCGGCCAUCGGCCGGACAAGCUCUAUGAGGUGAAGCGGCCGGUGAUCAGCCGCGAAUUCUGCAACCGCCGCAACCGCCACGACAACACCAUCACCGAGAAGAUGAUGUGCACCGAUUCCAACAGGAAGGACACCUGCAAGGGAGACUCUGGUGGACCCCUGGUCUGCAACGGGGUGGCCGAGGGGGUGGUCACAGCCGGCUCCCGCGUCUGUGGCAACUACAAGAAACCCGCCAUCUACACCCGCAUCGCCCCAUACGUAGCCUGGAUCGACAGCGUCAUGGCCUCUGCAGAUGAGGAGCAGGACACUCACUGAGCUGACCCUGGGAACCAGCUCCACGCCACGGCUUGCUGCUGCCAGCGCGGCCACAGCACCCACGCUGCCACUCGGGGAAAGCUGCCCCACCAAGCACCAGGGGCUCCCACCGCCACCCCGAGCUGCUCCCACAGCAUCGCUCUACGCCAGGAGGGUGGCUGGGAUCCGGGAGCAGUGAAAAACAGGCGGAAGGGGUCCCCAGCCACAGCCUCCUGCUCGCACAGCACAGGGCC